GUGACCACACCUGUGCUGUGAGAGGGGGCGGAGCCUCAGGUGGGUCGGGUUCAAGUUCUGGAGAAUCAGGUCCGGUUCUCCAGUCGCUCCGACUCGGUUUGUGUGAACAGAAGGAGAAGCAAAGAUCUGAUCAGAGUUCUUCAGUUUGGACCCCAAAGACUAGGACAAAGGCAAAUAAGAGGAACUGGGGCCUUCUUCCUGCACGGCCAGCUCGCCUACAUCUCAAAGGACCAGUAAGGCCUUGAAACAAGGAGAAGCAAGCUUCAGAGCUUAAAGUCAAGAAGCUGAGGACCGCAACUUGAAUGAGGAAAGACCAGGUACCAAUGUAUCCAAUACCUGCUGAAAACAACUGCUGCCACCUGUACGUUAUCCGUACACCCAGGCCUGCUACCUCAACAUCCAUGCAGAGAUGAAAGCUGCCUUCAUCGAUCAGUGCCGUGAGCCUCCUCCUACUGAAACACGUUCUUCUUCAUCAGGCUGGUUCUGGGGUUUGAAAUUUCAUACUCCAUCUCUCAAAGAGGAAGACAGCAGAGACGGUGAGGAUAACCUGAAAACUAAACACCUGAGCAGGAGUCCAAACACAUUUCUGGAUUCUGAUCCUAGAAUGACUGACAAUCCUUAACGGGAACAUAGAAAAAUUUGAUAAAAGAUGGCGCAGCAGCAGGAAGUCCAGCAGGAUUUUGAGGAAAAACUUUUCAAAGUUCGCAGUGAGUUUGUGAAGAGAGUUUCUGAGGAAAUCCUGAUUCAGCUCCUCGAUGACCUGGAAACAGACGGUGUCUUUAAUCUUUCGGAGAAACGGGCAAUACUUGAAGGGAACCAAAUAACAGCCAACAAGGCCCGGGAGACCAUAGAUGCUGUGAGGAUGAAAGGACAGAGAGCCUGUGAAAUGAUGAUCCAGCGUCUUCACAACAUAGAUCCUACCCUGUCCAAGCAGCUGGCUUUGUCCCCUGCUAAAGAUUAUUAUUUUCAGUGUCAACGGCAGCUUAAAGUGUAUGUGAAGACGAUGUUCCAAAGUCUUUGUGAAGGCAUCGCUGAACAUGGAAAUGAAACCCUGCUGAACCAGAUCUACACAGAGCUCCACAUCACAGAGGGGUUAACGACAGGGGUCAAUGAUGAACAUGAGGUCAGACAGAUUGAAACAGCAUGCAGGAAACAAGAAACAACAAUCAGAAGAGAAGACAUCUUUAAAGUCCCACCUGGAAGAGAUGAACCAAUCAGAAAAGUGAUGACCAUGGGAGUGGCUGGCAUUGGGAAAACACUGUUAACACAGAAGUUCACUCUGGACUGGGCUGAAGGCAAAACCCACCAGAACAUUGAUUUCAUAUUUCCAUUCACUUUCAGAGAGCUGAAUAUGUUGAAAGAAGAAAAGUUCAGCUUGGUGGAACGGAUUCAUUACCACUUUGAAGAUAUUAAAGACGCAGGAAUCCGCAGCUUUAAAAAGUUCCAGGUUCUGUUCAUCUUUGAUGGUCUGGAUGAGAGUCGACUUCCUCUGGACUUCAACAACACAAAAAUAUUAACUGACACUGAAAAGUCAACCUCACUGGAUGUUCUGCUGAUAAACCUCAUCAGGGGGAAACUGCUUCCCUCUGCUCUCCUCUGGAUAACCACACGACCUGCAGCAGCCAAUCAGAUCCCUCCUCAUUGUGUUGGCAUGGUAACAGAGGUCAGAGGGUUCACUGACCCCCAGAAGGAGGAGUACUUCAGGAAGAGAUUCAGAGAUGAUGAAGAGAAGGCCAGCAGGAUCAUCUCCCACAUCCAGAAAUCAAAAAGUCUCCACAUCAUGUGUCACAUCCCAGUUUUCUGCUGGAUCACUGCUAAAGUUCUGGAGAAUGUGAUGAAGACCAGAGAGGGAGGAGAGCUGCCCAAGACCCUGACUGAGAUGUACAUAGAGUUCCUGCUAGUUCAACUCAAAAUCAAGGAGGAAAAGUAUUUUGGAAAAGCUGAUGAAGAUCCAGAGAACAGGAAGCUGAUUGAGUCUCUAGGAAAACUGGCUUUUGAGCAGCUGCUGAAGGGAAACCUGAUCUUCUAUGACAAAGAGCUCAAACAGUGCGGCAUCAACAUCAAAGAUGCUGCGUUGUCCUCAGGAGUGUUCACUGAAAUGUUUAAAAAGGAGAGAGGGACGUGCGACAUCUCAGUCUACUCCUUUGUUCAUCUGAGCAUCCAGGAGUUUCUGGCUGCAGUCUACAUGCUCCACUGUUUCACCAGCAGGAGGAAAACAAAAGUGAUCAAGACAUUACUGGGAAAAUAUUAUUUUUCAUUUUCUUUGGAUGAGUUCAUGAAGAAAGUCAUGGAGAAAUCCCUCAGCAGUGAAAAUGGCCACCUGGACCUGUUUGUCCGCUUCCUUCAUGGUCUCACUGUGGAGUCCAACCAGAGCCUCUUAGAAGAUCUGCUGGGUCAGACAGAGAACAGUCCAGCAACCAUCCAGAGAAUCAUCACCAACCUGAAGGAGAUGAACAUUGAUAGAAUCUCUCCUGACAGAAGCAUCAACAUCUUCUACUGUCUGGUGGAGAUGAACGACGUCUCAUUUUAUCAGGAGAUCCAACGGCUGCUGGAUUCAGGGAAGCAGCUCUCAGUGACUGACUGUUCAGCUCUGGCCUUCAUGCUGCAGAUGUCAGAGGUUCUGGAUGAGUUGGACCUGGAGAAGUACAACACAUCAGAAUCAGGACGACAGAGACUGGUUCCAGCUGUGAGGAACUGCAGAAAGGCUCGACUUGGUGGCUGUUGGAUCCAAAAGGCUGAAUGUGAAGUUUUGGCCUCGGCUCUGAAGUCCAACCCAGAUCUGACUGAACUGGAAAUAAGUGACAUCAUACUGGGAGGUGAAACCUUUGGAGACUCUGAUCUGAAGCCUCUGGUUGAGAUCCUGGAGAGUUCAGUCAGUAAAGUGAAGAAACUGAGGUUGAAUCUCUGCAGUUUGCCAGAGACCAGCUGGACGUCUCUGUUCUCGACUCUGAAGUCCAACCCGACCCAUCUGAUAGAACUGGACCUGAGCGGAACCAACCUGGAAGAUUCUGGACUGAAGGAGCUCUGUGGUUUUCUACAGACUGAAGGCUGCAGACUGGAGACAUUGAAAUUGUUCAGCUGCAGUUUGUCAAAGAUCAGCUGUGAUUAUUUGGCCUCAACUCUGAAGUCCAACCCGACCCGUCUGACAGAACUGGACCUGAGAUACAACAACCUGAAGGAUUCAGAUGUUCAGCAGCUGAAGGAUCUUAAAGACUUUAAUGUUCUGAUCUCAGUAAAGUAGAAAAUGGUCUCUGUGUCCUGCUGAUCCUCAGAGGUUGAAGCUGCAGCAGUUUGAGUCUAAAGAGACUCUGACUGGAUCAUGAUGAUGACCUCUGACCUCCAAGAUUUCCCUCCUGUUUAUUUUCUCAUGUCUGAUAUUGUUUGUCUCUUUGGAUCAAUAAAGAUCCAAUUCAAACUGGGCUCCAUUUAGAGGCUUCAUGGAGUUUUGAUCUGAACUGGAUUCAACUGGAAAGUUGAUCUUUUUUCUCUCUGAUUCAUUUUCAUCCUGGAACCAGAAAUGGUCUGAGAAUGGAAACAUGGGAAUCAUUUUCAGUUCAGCUUUGAAGCCAUGAAAGACACUUCAAACCUCUUUUCUCUGCUGCUUCUUCCUUCUGCUGACAUGAAAAUGUUCCUCAAAGCUCCAC